CCUCCAACGCCGCUGCCUCUACAAGUCCGCCUAUAAGACUGACAACACACAACACCCCUAGCAGCCUUGCCUGCGCUCACCCGCACCUCUCCCUCACAAUGGCCAACGCGAUGGCCACCACCACAUACCGCGAGCGCGCCGGCCAUGCGUCGAGCGGCCCUCUCGCAUCCUUCCUCUUGCGGCUGAUGUCGAUAAAGCAGACCAACCUCUGCCUCUCUGCCGACGUCGAGACCUCGGCCGAGCUGCUGGAUCUGGCUGAGGAGUGCGGAGACCACAUCUGCGUCCUCAAGACCCACUGCGACAUCGUCACCGACUGGAGCGACCGCACCGCCAGGGCACUCAAGGAGAUUGCAAGGCGCAAGUGCUUCGUCAUCUUCGAGGACCGCAAAUUCGCAGACAUCGGCGAGACGGUACAGAAGCAGUAUACGUCUGGCGUCUACAAGAUCGCUAGCUGGGCUGAGAUCACAAACGCACACGUUCUCCCCGGUCCCGCCAUUGUCACCGCCCUCCAUAAAGCCGCCGACGCUACCAUCGCCAAGUACAACACUGGCGUGCACACCGACAUCUACUCGGACGCACCGCGACGAAAGCCCGGUGAGGAAGACGACGAUGACGAACUUGAGGAGAUUACAAGAACGAACAGCAUCGCCGUCGUUACUCCCCCAAUAAACGGCGACGAUGAGGAUAAGCGCCUAGGCAUCAAGCCUCUGGAUAGGAAACAGAGCGUUGUCAGCAUUGGCACCUCCAUCUCCCAGCGGACAGAGAGCAUAUCCCCUCGCCCAGACCCGACCUUUCAUCCUGAUGAGAUCUUCAAUAUCGAUAGCGUCGCCAUGCUGGCCCGCCUGGGCGAAGCGCCCUUUGUCCGCUCGCUCCUCCUGCUUGCUGAAAUGAGCUCCGAAGGCCAUCUGAUGACACCCGAGUACCAACAAAAGACGCUGGAAAUUGCGCGAGCCAACCGGGACUUUGUCAUGGGUUUCAUUGCGCAGCGAAGCUUGAACUCGGACCCAGAAGACAACUUCAUCACCAUGACGCCAGGUUGCCAGCUGCCGCCCCCAGGCCAGGAAGGCCAGAAACUGGGAGACUCUCUGGGCCAGCAGUACAACACUCCGCGGAAACUCAUCUUCGAGCAAGGAUGUGACGUCAUCAUUGUGGGUCGUGGCAUCGUACGAGCAUCCGAUCGAGCUUCUGAGGCAGCACGAUAUCGGGCCGAGGGAUGGCGGGCGUAUGAGGAGAGAGUGGGCGUUUUCAAAGGGUAAAGGAUUUGCCUACAUGUUCUUGCCCUGCCCUUCUCCCUUCGCUUGGCCUUCUUGCAGGCGUUGAAGUGCUAAAUGGCCACUCAGCUUCGACGGAUGCGAUUACACGAAGUUCCUGCGUCGCUCAGCCAGUGACAGCGUUGGGAAUGGUCCACACGAAGUUUCAUGAUCAGAAUUUCCUUUUACGCAUCGACGGAGUUGACGGACGUCAUGGCAUCGGUUGGUGGGACAUCUUCGAGCAUCGGGUUACCUCAAUGGGUGACGAAGGCACUUGCUACCUUCGUAGGGCUUUGUUAGCACACGCCCUGGGUUAUGCAUAGCGACGGCAGUUUAGUCCUAUUACGGAAACACGAAUCGAAUGGUUUUUCUUCUCGCUCAUGACAUCGUAAUGCUUCGAUUA